AUGAACUGAAGAGUGACGGCUAAUGGCGGUUUAAGAAGAAUGAAGUGGUGGACGAAAGCUGAAUAAUUGACGUCGGCUUGAUUGUAUUAAGUGGAUUUUCUAGAUGAUUCGUUAAUUAAAGUAAAAAGUGAAUUUGAUAUAAAACUAUCAGGACAAAAAUCCAACAUGAAUACACAUAAACUUUUAGCGACAUUUAUUGUUUUGAUAUGCCACACUUUUUAUAACCCAACUGAUAGUGGAGCUGUACAAAUUACUCAAAGUAAUUUAGAUAUGGUUUUAGCUUCAAAUGAAAUUGUUUUUAUUAAUUUUUAUGCUGACUGGUGUAAGUUUAGCAAUAUGCUGAUGCCUAUAUUUGAUGAUGCGGCGGACGAAGUAUCAAAAGCCGGCUAUGAUCCUGGACAAGUGGUUAUGGGGAAAGUUGACUGUGAUAAGGAACCGGCUGUAGCUACAAGAUUUCAUAUUACCAAAUACCCUACUUUAAAAUUAUUCCGGAAUGGAUUACCAGCUAAAAAAGAGUACAGAGGUCAGAGAUCUGUAGAAGCAUUUGCAGAAUUUAUUAAGAAACAACUAACUGAUUCAGUUGUAACAUUUAGUUCUUUAAAAGAGCUUCACAGCUUGGCAGAAGAUAAGAGGCACAUCAUAGGGUACAUGGACAGAAGGGAUCAAAAGGAGUAUGAAAUAUUGCGAAAGGUGGCUGCUACUUUGAAGGAUGAGUGUAUUUUUCAUGCUGGAUUUGGAGAAGCAUCUCAACAAAUGCAUCCACCAGGGCAACCAAUUGUCGUCUUUAGAGCAGACAGGAAGACCUCUACUGAUCCCGAUGAAACUUACACAGGAUCUCUAUUAGAUUUUGAUCAGCUGCAUAGUUGGGUACAGAAGAAAUGCAUACCAUUAGUCCGAGAAAUAACAUUUGAAAAUGCAGAAGAACUCACUGAAGAAGGGUUACCAUUCCUGAUUUUGUUCUAUCAUCCUGAUCAUCCGGAGAGUAUUAAGAAGUAUAAGGAAGUUGUUUCAUUGGAACUGGAGUCUGAGAAACAAAAUGUAAACUUCCUGACUGCGGAUGGAGUGAGGUUUGAGCAUCCUCUGCAUCACCUUGGCAAGUCGGUGGCUGACCUGCCUCUGAUUGCCAUCGAUUCCUUCAGGCAUAUGUACCUGUUCCCUGAUUACAAGGAGAUGGAUAAGCCGGGUAGGCUGAAGGAGUAUUUGAAAGAUUUGUAUUCCGGAAAAUUGCAUAGAGAAUUCCACUACGGCCCGGAAUCGCCCCAAGUGAUUAUGGUGAAUAAUGAGGUCAAGGUAACCACACCUCCUGAGUCUACCUUCAAAAAGUUAGCUCCGUCCAAAAACAGGUACACCCUGCUCAGAGACGAAUUAUAAUUCAAUUUCAUUCCUAACUUAUUUAUUUGAAUGAAUUUUUUAAUGUACAAACCGCAAAAUGUUCUCAUUUCGUGAAUACACCUACAUUAUUGUCUUCGAAGUGCUGUUUUCUUUGUAAGAAUCUAAAGUCCUUAUAAAAAAUGUAAUUAUUUUAACUAAAGUCGUCUGUCUCUUUUCAUCAGAGCGUAUAGGCAAUUUGACAGAAAGAGACGAAAGAGUUAAAAGUGCAAUUAGGCUUUUUGUU